AUGUCCGACUCCGACGCACCUACCAACGUAUCUGUUAGAGAUCUCGACUAUUCGGGACUCAGAAAGGCCAUCGAUACAAGACUCAACAAAUAUUUCGAGAGGUUGGACGCGCCAGAAACCCACGAAAGACCCAAGGCCAUUCAUCGUAACGACUUUUACAAAUUCACAAUCCGUGCAGAAGAGCCAAAUGUAGAAUUCAUCAAGUUUGUACCAAAAAUCAUGUGGUGCAGCAAACUGGGAGUCUACAAACACGUUUCUCGUGAGCGGGCUUAUGAACUUCGCAUUGUUCUUGAUGAGUUUUGUGAAGAAUGGUGUAGUCAAUGGUUGACUGGUGAUGCUGGAAUAUUCUUUGUGCAGAUUCGUACAAAUCUUCGCAGGGGUAGGAACUUGUGA